CCGUGGAGCCGAGCAGGUGAUCCGUUGCGCUCGAGCUGACGUUGGAGAUAUGCGCCUGGACAAUGCUGGUGAUCAGUGGAGGGAUUUAUUUACCACCGUCGUUUAAACCUUAAGAGAAAGUCUGUGUGGAUUUUUUUUUAUGAUUAUUAAGGCUCCUGCUGCAGCAUUAAACGCCUUCAUUUAUUUCUCAAAGCACUGCGAACGCUCAGUUGUUUUUUUUCCCUCUGCGGCGCUCUGGCAUGAGCGCAGCGCGUUGAAGUGGACCUUCUGUUGUUUGCCAAAGUGCUUUAACUGUCCAGCUCCGUUUCUUCUUUUUUUCUUCCUCAAGUUAAAAAAAAAAGUGCACCAGACGAACAGGACAGGGCUUAAAUGUUCGGGAUCCAGGAGCACCUCAUACGAGAAGUGAGCGGAUUAAAAGAAAGAAGUCUCGCAGAGGAGAUGGAUCCAGUCCGGUCGUGGGUGCGUAAUGUCGGGGUUGUGGAUGCGAACGUCGCGGCGCAAAGUGGAGUAGCUCUGUCUAGAGCUCAUUUUGAGAAGCAGCCGCCCUCAAACCUCCGCAAGUCCAACUUCUUCCACUUUGUCCUGGCGCUCUACGACAGACAUGGCCAACCUGUGGAGGUGGAGAGGACUGCCUUUGUGGACUUUGUUGAGCACGAAAAGGAGCAGACGGGAGAAAAGACGAACAACGGCACACACUACAAGCUGCAGCUCCUCUACAGCAACGGGGUUCGUACCGAGCAAGAUCUUUAUGCACGACUCAUCGACUCCGUCACUAAACAGCCCAUAUCGUAUGAGGGACAAAACAAGAAUCCAGAAAUGUGCAGAGUUCUGCUCACACACGAGGUUAUGUGCAGCCGCUGUUGUGAGAAGAAAAGUUGUGGCAAUCGAAACGAGACGCCCUCUGAUCCAGUCAUCAUUGACAGGUUUUUCUUGAAGUUUUUCCUGAAAUGCAACCAGAAUUGUCUGAAGACAGCAGGAAACCCGAGGGAUAUGAGGAGAUUUCAGGUGGUCUUGUCCAGCACCGUGAGCGUAGACGGCCACGUCCUGGCCGUGUCCGACAACAUGUUUGUCCACAACAACUCAAAGCACGGUCGGAGAGCUCGCAGGCUGGAGCCGGGCGAGUCUGUCGAGAAUUCCAUGGAAUAUGCUACCCCAUGUAUUAAAGCCAUCAGUCCCAGCGAGGGCUGGACCACCGGUGGGGCCAUGGUCAUAGUCAUUGGGGAGAACUUCUUUGACGGGCUGCAGGUGGUGUUUGGAAGUAUGCUGGUGUGGAGUGAGCUGAUCACACCACACGCCAUCCGUGUUCAGACGCCUCCUCGACACAUCCCCGGGGUCGUGGAGGUCACACUGUCUUAUAAAUCUAAGCAGUUCUGUAAGGGAGCACCUGGACGCUUCAUCUACACAGCCCUUAAUGAGCCAACUAUAGACUACGGUUUUCAGCGUCUGCAGAAAGUAAUUCCUCGACAUCCUGGUGAUCCAGAGAAACUAGCCAAGGAGAUCCUCCUGAAAAGAGCUGCAGAUCUUGUGGAGGCCUUGUAUGGAAAUCCACAUAGUAAUCAGGACAUGCUGCUGAAACGUGCAGCCGACAUUGCUGAGGCGCUCUACAGUGUUCCUCGUCCUCACAGUCAGCUCCAAGCACUGCCCAGCUCGCCCGCCCACGGCAGCGUCAUGGGCCUGGGCUCCUACCCCUCUCAGUUGGGCGUUAGCAUCGGAGAGCCGGGACAGAGCAGCCAGGGUUACAUCCGCAACUCCAGCAGUUUGUCUCCAAGGGGCUACCCGUCAGCCUCCACUCCCCAGCAGUCCAGCUACGGGAGCAGCGCGGGGAUGACCGGAGGCUAUGGGACAGUUCCCAUGACUAGUCUAGGAGUCCCUGGAUCUCCUGGUUUCAGCAGUGCCUCCCCCACAGGCUCCCCAUACAUAAUGCCCUCCAGCCCCACUAUACCAGGAAGCUCCAGCUCCUCAUCGUCUCUCUUGCCUUUCUCCUCCUUCCCGUCUGCUGCUAAACAGAAGAGUGCUUUUGCUCCCGUCCUCAGGCCCCAGGGCUCCCCCUCCCCUGCCUGCCCCGCCUCAGGGGGGAACAGCUUCAGAGGUAGUCACCCAACUCACUAUCUGACCCCCCUGUCUGAACUUACGAAUGCAGUCUAACCCCUCAUACUAACUAACUCGAAAGCUUUGACUGAACAAGACAGAGAACAGUUGCUGGAUGUACAAUAAUGCAAGACCUGAUUGAUUAGAAUCAUAGAUUUUGUAUAUUUUUUUCUCUCCAGCGAUGACGGGCCUGGUUGU